UGUAAAAAAAAAAAAAAAAAAAAAAAACCCAAAACCAUGAAAACACAAAACUUGUGCACCUCCUCACACUCUCUCUCUUCCAAUCUACGUCUCUUUCUAACCCACUUUAAUGGCGAUUACAAAAUCCUUAAUUCUCAUAAAUAUUAAUCAUAGAAUCUCCAUUGUAAUCUCCUUUCUCUCUGUUUUCUGUCACUCCUUUUCUUUCUUCCUUCCUCACUUCUUCACUCAACCUUGCUCUUUUUGUUCCGUUCUUCUACUUUUUUUAGCCUUCUCUUGCAGUUUUUGCUUCAUAUUUUCCUGCAAUUUCAGUUUACAGGAAGGAGUUACAGCAAGCAUCUGGAUUAGUUCUCAGGGCUGUUUAUCUGACGGUUUUUCGGUCAAGAUAGACGGCUCUUGAGUGGCAAUAAGGUUUCCUUUUCUGUGACUUUCAAAGAUGUCGAAUAAGGGUGAUAGGAAAGCUUCACUUGAUGCAGGGGCUUGGUUUUUCAAUGUCGUCACUUCCGUGGGGAUCAUCAUUGUUAACAAGGCCUUAAUGGCAAAUUAUGGUUUUACUUUUGCUACAACAUUGACCGGUCUACAUUUUUUGACAACCACUCUCAUGACUUCUACGUUCCGUUGGCUGGGUUAUAUCCAGCCCACACAACUGCCGUUUUCAGACAUUCUGAAGUUUGUUCUUUUUGCAAACUUUUCCAUUGUUGGAAUGAACGUGAGUCUGAUGUGGAAUUCUGUGGGAUUUUAUCAGAUUGCAAAGCUGAGUAUGAUCCCGGUGUCCUGUUUUCUUGAAGUGGCAUUGGACAAGAUGCGGUACUCUAGGGACACCAAGCUUAGCAUUAUAUUAGUCCUGUUGGGGGUUGGAGUUUGCACUGUCACAGAUGUUAGUGUCAAUACCAAGGGUUUCGUUGCCGCUUUGGUGGCUGUUUGGAGUACUGCUCUACAGCAAUAUUAUGUUCAUCAUCUACAACGCAAGUAUUCAAUCGGCUCUUUCAAUUUAUUGGGCCGUACUGCUCCAGUGCAGGCUUUGUCACUACUGGUUGUAGGGCCGUUUCUCGACCAUUGGUUGACUGGCCAAAGAGUUGAUGCGUAUCCCUUCAGUUCAGUAUCUGUGUUCUUUAUAGUACUCUCCUGCACCAUUGCAAUCGGCACAAACCUCAGCCAGUUCAUCUGCAUUGGUAGAUUCUCAGCCGUGACCUUCCAAGUGCUCGGUCACAUGAAGACUAUAUUUGUGUUGGUAAUGGGAUUCACUUUCUUCGGGAAAGAGGGUCUCAACUGGCACGUUGUUUUGGGCAUGAUUAUUGCAAUCUUGGGAAUGAUGUGGUACGGCAAUGCUUCAUCCAAACCCGGAGGAAAGGAACGCUGGUCUCCUCCGGUCUCUGAUGUUGAGUCGCAAGAUCUUGACAAAUUACUGGGGUCCGAAUCCAACGAGCCUAACGGGAAGGUAUAAAACUUUACCAGGAACUCGGAAAUCAACAAAUAAUUGUUGCACACUACAGAAAAAUGGGUGAUGACUUGAGGAGCAAAUCUUGAAGAACAUCCCAUCUGUUUGAUAGUUUUUUUUUUCUUGUUAUAGCUCAUAAUUUUAAUUUGUCGUUGAUAUUAUAUAGACUACGGAGUACGGAGUACUAUAGAGUUGAGAUCAGAUAUAAUUCACGCAUAGCAUUAAUACGGAGUAAUACCAUUAUUGUUUUGGUCUAUUGAAAUUAAAUUUGUUGAACAGAACAGAUUAGCAUCAAAACUAAUCAGUGUUUCUAUUGAAUUCUAGUAAAGUA